AUGGUUAAACUACACGUUAAACAUGGCGAUGAAAGUCAAUUCUUAUAUGAAACAACAACCAACAUUCCGAUUGAUGAUUUAAUUCAUCAGAUAUCUUUACUCUACAAUGGCCGAUUAAAAGUUCAUCGAAUUUGCAAUGAAAUGUCCAUGUUAGCCAAACAUGGCAUAACACUACCUGUGAAUAUGCAGGGUUUAACCGAUGAUCAAAUAACUGAUUUGAAAUUAAAAGAUGAAUAUGAGGAUACAUGUAUACCGAUGGAUGGCUACGUCGAAGAAGCAGAUGUAAUGGGAAAACGAAAUGGACGAGCACCGACGGAAAAAAUGCGAUCAAUCAUAGAACGAACUAUUCAAGAAGCAAAGGACAAGAUAUCCAAAAAAUUAGUUCAAGCUGAUCAAUGUAUAACAUGUGAUCAGAUAAACGAAGCAUUACAACAAUUGAAAGGUGCAGUCAUGAUUGUUUAUCCCAUGGGUUUACCACCCUACGAUCCUGUUGAACUCGAAUUCAAAAAUCAAGAAGAACUUGAGGGCACACAAGAUAGUCUCGAUGUUAUUCCUGAACCUAAUAUGACAAUUUGGUUUAGUGGAAAGGAAAUGCAACGUGGCAAAGUUCUUGCUGAUUUUGUCGGUAAAAAUGAAAAGACGAAAAAAGGUAAUGCUGCACCAGCACGAGAACGUGUCGUAUCCGAAGACGAACAAAAACAAAUGAUGGCAUAUUAUUAUAGAAAACAACAAGAAAUGAAAAAACUCGAAGAAAACGAAGAUAGUUCCUACAUGGAUUCAGCAUGGGCUGAUCCCAAUUCGCUAAAACGUCAAUUUCAAGGCUUAAACGAUAUCAAAUGGAAACCGCGAUAA